AUGGCAAUCAGGAAAAUCCAAGACAGCCAGGAUGAUAUAUCCACCCCGUACGAUCAGUUUGUCCUGUUCGGGGACUCGAUCACUCAGAUGGCUAGCAACCAAGACCGCGGCUUUGCCUUUCAAGCUGCCCUGCAAGACGCCUAUAUACGGAAACUCGAUGUGAUUAAUCGUGGCCUGUCAGGGUAUACCACUGCCCAUGCCAUCAAGGCCUUCCCCCAAAUCCUUCCGCCACCAAACAAAGCCACUGUGCGGUUUAUGACUAUCUUCUUUGGCGCCAAUGAUGCAUGUCUUCCAGGACAUGAUCAGCACGUCCCGCUGAGCCAGUACCGAGAAAACUUGAAAAGGAUUGUACAGCAUCCGAAAACACGGGCACAGAAAUCACGGCUCAUCAUCAUCACCCCACCUCCAGUCAAUGAAUAUCAGCUGGAGUCAUUCGAUGCAUCCAAGAACGCUCCCCAUCCCAGCAGGACAGCCAAACACACCAAAUUGUAUGCAGAGACUGCCCGGCAAGUCGGUGCGUCACUCAAUGUUCCGGUGGUGGAUCUAUGGACUGCAUUUAUGCAGACCACAGGCUGGCACGACGGGCAGCCACUCGUUGGCUCACGCGAGGUGCCCAAUAAUGAGAGGUUUGCCAGGCUAUUCACAGAUGGGCUCCAUUUGACCCCGGACGGGUACCGCAUUGUUUACGACCAGCUGAUGCAGGUGAUUCGGACAAACUGGCCGGACCAGAACCCAGACAAACUGCCUAUGGUGUUUCCAGGCUGGGGAGAAGCCCCGAAAUAG